CUCCCGGGACCAGAGGGUACUUAUGAAGGAGCAGCGCCGAUCUGUGUGUAGGAGGAGGCCCUUCGUUCGCCAGCGCCUGGGGUUCUUACUGGUGUCUGUCCGGCUCGACCCGCCAACAUGCCCACUGACGCCCAAAGCGAUGCCCGCUCCUUCCUGACAGAGGAGAUGAUUGCAGAAUUCAAGGCCGCCUUUGACAUGUUCGACACCGACGGUGGCGGUGACAUCAGCACCAAGGAGCUGGGUACCGUGAUGAGGAUGCUGGGCCAGAACCCGUCGAGGGAGGAGUUGGAUGCCAUUAUUGAGGAGGUGGAUGAGGAUGGCAGCGGCACCAUUGACUUCGAGGAGUUCCUUGUCAUGAUGGUGAAGCAGCUAAAGGAGGACCAGGCUGGAAAGAGUGAAGAAGAGCUCUCAGAAUGCUUCCGUAUAUUCGACAAGAACGGAGAUGGUUUCAUCGACCGAGAGGAGUUUGGGGAAAUCCUCCACCUGACAGGAGAACCGGUCACAGAGGAGGAUAUUGAUGAGAUGUUUGUUGAGUCGGACUUAAACAAAGACGGAAAGGUUGAUUUUGAUGAGUUCCUGAAGAUGAUGGAGAACGUCCAGUAACGACGCCAGCACGACAUUCCUUGGUGACCCUUCCUCAGAGAGAAAACAAAGCCGCGGGAGAUCUGCAAAGAGCAAACACUAACGUCUACACCUCCCCCACAACUAUGGUUAUGAUGUCGCUUCCGAGACCUUAAAAUGGACACCUCGCCCCCCCCUCCACUCUCUGUCAUGGUCUCGCAUGCAGCUUUUUGAGGAUAUCUAUAAAUAUCCGUUCAAACCUUUUAAGACGAAGGAGCAUUCCCCCUGCCACUCGCGACCUGGCCCCCCAGCUGUCCCCUUGGCACCUGCUGUUUCUUCAGAAAUGCUACACCAGCUAACUAUGCCCCCCCCCCCCCUUCCAAUCUCUCCUCCGCCCUGUUCUGUGGUUUCUGAAUAAAUCGACUUUCUCCUUCCA